AUGUCGCUUUCGACGAUCACCCCAAGGUUCAUCUCUCGCGUGGGUGUUGCGCGCGUCUUCGUGAUGCGCCAGGCUUCCGGCGGCCUCACCGUCCACCCGAAGAAGGUCGCCGUCAACGAGCCCGGCUUCUGCGUCUACGAGCGUGACAUCUCCAAGGACACACGUUACGCCUCCCCGCAGAAGCUCGGGGAUACCCCGAUCCGAUUCCUCGUGCGUCGCCUCGGACACGCCUACGAGAUCUACCCGCUGUUCGCGUUGACGGGUAUCUGGUUCGUCCUCUUCUGCUACGUCGUCUACUACUCGUUCGAGAAGGGAGAGAUCUGGCUUGACCGCAGCCACGCCACCGCCCCCUGGGACUGGGAGCGCAUCCGCAACAACUACUGGAAGAAGCCGACGCUUGUCUUCGACAAGGAGGGUGUUACCCACCGCCGUCUCCCGAUCAUGGAGCAGCUGCAGGACGAGAUGGUUGAAGCUGCCAAGGCCCGCGGAACCCGC